AUGCUGAAGCAGGUACGGGAGGGCUCGUUUUGCCCGGACGCUACUCGAAGUGGAUACUUUGCCCGAGCCCAAGGAUCAGAGGCAGGUGCAUCUGUUGACCUCGGGUCCUGGUUGCCGAUCAGCAAGGUAGGCAGCUUAGAUGGGCUGCCUGCGAACUCCGAAAGCACGCAUGAGCCUUUGCCAGCUCCAGCGGAAGGCUUUCAGGACGAUUUACUGGGGGUUGGACCGCUUUGCCCCUCGCAAGGGAAGGUUUUUGAGUCACCAAGUGCCAUGCCCGUCUUGGAAGCAUCCGCGCCGUUGGUAGCAGAAGGAGAAGAAUCCCCCUCGAAAGAAAGUGAGGAAUUAGACAAGCUGGCUACCGUGACCUCUGGGCUUUGCGAAACGUUGUUCGACAAGGAUGACACACAAGAUGCAGAUGACAACGGGGAGGCAGAGAUCUCGCCCACCACAUCAGCAGAAGGGUCCUCCGAGGAAACCUCUGAUGGAGCCUCAUCGGAAGAAAAGGAGGAACCAGCUGCGACCCUGAGCCUGCCGGAGGGUUGGAGUGCGAUCCAGAACAAGAAGUCUACCAUGUUACAUCUGUACAAAGUAGGUCAGACGACGUUGAAAUGUGGCAAGUGGAUCAGCGUUAAUUUUGUAGAAAUGGAGAAGCCCUCAGCGAAGUGGCUACAGUGCAGCCGUUGUUUUCAGGAGUAA